CUUAUUUAAUUUGUCAAUUCAAUCCAAUAUAUUUAGAAACGUCAGGCAUAUUUAGAGUUAACUCCUGCCUUUGACGUGUAGGUCCUCAAGCCUCCCGUGUCAUUGGUGAAUGACCGAAGAUGUCGCAUAGUAGAUUGUUUGCCCGUCUGCUCUUGCAGCAGAAUGGGGUGAGACACUGCUACACUGCCUCAAGGAAGCACCUCUACAUUGACAAGAACACUAAGGUCAUCUGCCAGGGCUUCACAGGGAAACAGGGGACAUUUCACAGUCAGCAGUCUCUGGACUAUGGCUCCAAGCUAGUAGGAGGGGUGUCCCCAGGCAAGGGAGGCAAGACUCACCUGGGCCUGCCGGUGUUCAACUCAGUCAAAGAGGCCAGAGAGGGCACGGGGGCACAUGCGACAGUGAUCUAUGUGCCCCCUCCGUUCGCGGCUGCGGCCAUCAUUGAGGCGGUGGACGCUGAGAUGCCUCUGGUAGUGUGCAUCACAGAGGGCAUCCCCCAGCAGGACAUGGUGCGGGUCAAACACAAGCUCCUGCGUCAGGGCAUCACCCGCCUCAUAGGACCCAACUGCCCUGGAGUCAUCAAUCCUGGAGAAUGUAAGAUUGGGAUCAUGCCUGGCCACAUUCACAAGAAAGGAAGAAUUGGCAUUGUGUCCAGGUCAGGAACUCUCACAUAUGAAGCUGUCCACCAAACUACACAAGUGGGCCUGGGACAGUCACUCUGUAUUGGUAUUGGCGGAGACCCCUUCAAUGGGACAAACUUCAUCGACUGCCUGGAGGUGUUCCUGAUGGACCCCAAGACAGAGGGCAUAAUCCUGAUUGGGGAGAUUGGAGGCAACGCAGAGGAGAAUGCUGCAGAGUAUCUCAAACAGCACAACUCUGGAGCUAACGCCAAGCCUGUGGUGUCCUUCAUUGCGGGGCUAACCGCCCCUCCAGGACGUAGAAUGGGCCACGCAGGCGCAAUCAUCGCCGGAGGCAAGGGCGGAGCCAAAGAGAAGAUAGCGGCCCUACAGUCGGCCGGGGUGGUGGUCAGCAUGUCCCCUGCUCAGCUGGGGAGUACCAUGUUCAAGGAGUUUGAGAAGAGGAAGAUGUUAUAAAAUGGGAGAGGAGAACAGCGACCAACCCUCUGCCCCUCAACCACUUCCACCAACCUUCUGCCCCUCCCACCAUGAUGCUGAGCAGUCUGAAACGUCAGGGUGCCCCUUCGCAGUUCAACAACCAUCGGCACACAAAGACCCACAUUUGUUCCAGAUCAGCUAUGAACUCACCUUUACAAAAAGAAGAAACGGUAGUCAUCCAUCUCAACAGCUUUUUAACAAGCUUGUUGGACAUGGAAGUACCAGCCUUUUGGAGAACACAGUCAUCCAUCCGUUUUAGUAGCAGUGGUGUGAUGUUUGUUUCGUUUCAUUUAUGUCCCUAGUCAGCUAGCAGCAUAGGGGUUGCCAUGGUAACCGUGGUGAUCUAGCUCCUGCCUCUCUGCUUUGUCACUCUUACUGUAAAACACCGACUGAUCUCACUGGCUGUCUACCUGAAUAAGAAGUAUUUCUCAAACAA